CUACUGGAAGCAAUCUGCGAGUUCGUCAACGACAGCCAUGCAAAUAUUUGUUAACAAAAACACUAGGUAUUUACAAGAUACAAAAUUUGUACACAGACGACAUCCUCUUCCCUAUCUAUACUUUGUCAUGUUAGUAUCAAAAUGAAAGAGCAAAGCAAUAAGUCAAUAAUAGUGUACGUGGUCGUUUUUGGUAAUAACAACAGAAAAGUCAUCAUUUUUUAACUCAGCACACAUCGCAGAAGAUUCCAGAAAGUGAACUCUACGCAACAAUGACUGGGGAUAAAGAAAAAAAUAAAAAAUUCUAUUCUUAAAUGGUAUUUAGAAUUAAUUAUAUACUGUGAUAUGUAUUUACUGUAUUCUUAUUAUAAUCGCGUGUCAAAGUAGUGAAAUAUUUCUUUCACAUCGUUUCACAUUUUCAAAUUUUAAUUGCUGUUGAAUAUUACCAUGAAAUGUUUUCAAAGUUGGAGCACUUAGUCAAUGGUUGGAAUAAUUACAUAUUUUUAUAAAUGCUAAAAAUAUAUAUAUAAUAAUUUUAUGGAGUAGAGUACUUUUGACACGUAUAAUGUAAUGUAAUUAUGUAUUUAUUCUUUGACAUUUUGUACGUAAAAGAUUCGUAUUAUCGAUAAAGAAUUCAUUGACUCCAAAAUAAAUUUAAAAAAUGCGAGAAUUUAAAACUUCAUUCAAAUAUUCAUAUUACAAUUACAAAAAUACUUUCCUCUUUUUUCUUUCUAUUACAUAAAUUUUAUUAUAUGUGAAAAAAUAUGUCGCAGAUAAGACACUGCUAGGGAUUAUGUUUAUAUACUGCAAUGGAUUAUUUUUUACAAAGUAUUCGAUAAGUUAUGAUAAUAAACAUUUAUAUAAAUGCAUUUCACUACAGUUAUAAAUUCUUAGCAAAUAUUAACAUGUAUCUAUGCAUUUUAUCUUGUGAAGUAAGGGGAAUCUUGUUUAUUCUAUACUCUUUGUUCGUAUUUUCUUAAUCGCAUGAAACAAGGAUACAUAAGCAUAUGCUGAAGUAAUGUAUCACCUCAAAUAAAUGGGUAAAAGGAAUUUUAAUGUGCCAAAGAUUUUAAAACAAGACUGAAAAAUGGUAAGCAAAUUACCACAAGAGUUUAGAAGAUAUCUACGUAAUAGAAAUCACCUACAACAUGUUCUUGAAGAAACUCAACGUGCUUUACAAGUUAUUAAUCUAGAAAAUUUCUUUCCUCAAGAAGAUGUUGUGAAGGAAUUACUACCCCCCUUAACAUUAAACAGAAUCACACGUAUUUUAGCGAAUUCUCCAGCUAUUGUAGUUCUUGGACAAGAUAACAAGGCAAAAGCAACAAUAGUUAAUACUUUAAUAUCUACCAACAUCUUACCAGUAUGUAAUGGAUUAUGGCGGUGGAUUAAACUUACUUAUGGUCAAACAAACCACAUUAGUCUCACAUUAGGUCUAGAAUAUGAAAUACUUGAAAAUUUGCAAGCAAAUGAAAAACCUUGGACUACACUACCAAUCGAAGAUCUAACAAAAUCUGGAAGUGAAGAUACAAUUUAUCCAACAGUACUUGAAGUCCAACUAAAUCAACCUAUAUUAAAAGAUGGUGUUCAAAUAUUUAUUGCUCCAAAUACUGGGGCGGUAAAAGUUCUUGAAAAAGAGUUGUUAUCUAUUUUACCAAUAUUUUUAUAUGCGCUUGGUGAUCAGCCUUUAACAGAACAAAAUUUGAAAGAGCUAAGAGACCUAAGGGAGACUUACCCCUUUAAUCCAGUGCUUUUUAUAUCAUCUUUGGGAGAUAUCUUAAUGACUGGCAUUGAUGCUGAAUUGACUGAAUCUGAACAACAUAGACUUCAAAAUCGACUAAGUUCUAAUGAUUCUACGUCAAGUAAAACUGAUGGUGAUAUUGAUUUUGAUGGAAUGAAUUCACUUGGUUUAACAUGGUUGGAUCAGCUCUCAAAUUUAGGUUUUCUUGGAAUGAAAGAGUCUGUUGAAGUUGAUCAAUUAUCUUGGCUGGGUAGUGGGCAAUGUAUUAACUCUAGUGACUUUCUUGACUCAUACAAAAAAACAGACCGAAUUUUAUAUUUCAUUCGUGGAUGUUUGCAAACAUAUCUUAUUAAUGCUAGCACUUAUUUAAAUGAAGUACAUACAACGAGCCUAAGAAAGUUUAUUUUAAGUGCCUUUGAUAUGGCACGUAUAAUUCAAAUAACUCCUAAGAGAAUACAGUAUGCUCAACAGAAGGAAAAUGAAUUAUAUGACAAUUUAAUGAAAAUUGUUCAUGAAAAACAACAAGAACUAACUGGAAUAAUACAAAAUAUUAUUCAAGAGAUGAAAAAUGAUGUGUUAUCAUCUAGUAAUGAUGUAUGUUUAUAUCAAAACCACUUCAAUAAUAGAGAGAGGACGGAAUGGUCUGUAACCGUCAAAGCUGCAAUUUCUGAAGUUCAGAGAAUAAUGCUUUACUGUUUAGGUGAAAAAGUUGCAAAGCAACUUGUAAAUUCCGUUAACUGUUUACGUGAAAGUUUUUUUGGUACCUUACAGCGUUGUUUAUUGAGUCUUGAAAAAACAUACGAAUGCGAUACCUGUUUAUUAGCUAGUGAUGCUUUGAAACAAAUACUUUCAGCUGCAUAUAAUAUUGAAUUACAUAAUUCUUCACCAUUUUCAAUAUAUUCAUUUUUAGAGAGAUUCAAUCUGAUUUUUAUGUCUUCAUCUUUGCAAUGGUCAUCAACUCACACUCUAGAUGUAGCUUGGUGGAAGAAAGUGGAAAUUGAGAUAUUGAAUUCAUUAUCAGCAUCAAAGUUGGCUAAAAUGAUAUUGAUGCAAUUUGGAGAUAAACUUGAGUCCUCACAUGACGCAUUUCAGGCUGCUCUCAGAUCAAUAGAAAAUUAUUAUUCUGGGGAGUUAGAAAGGACUGAAGAACAAAGAAUAGCUAUUAGAAAAUAUCAUGCUCCUAGAUUAGCUAAAUUAGCAUUAGAAUCCACAUCAAUGAUAGAUCUGGUUCGCUAUGGAAUGCCCCAUUACAAAGAAGAAAUUGGUCGUGGUCAGUAUGGCAUUGUAUUUGCUUGUGAUGGCUGGGGUGGCACAUCUGGUCCUUGUGCAGUUAAGUCAGUUGUUCCUUCAGACGAAAGCCAUUGGAACGAUCUGGCUAUGGAAUUUUACUAUAGUAGGUCCAUUCCUGAACAUAAAAGAAUAGUGAAGCUUCGUGGAUCAGUUAUUGAUCAAUCUUAUGGUGGAGGAUUUGGUCUUGGAUCUGCAGUUCUUUUAAUAUCGGAUCGUUUAAGUCGUGAUUUAUAUUGUGGAAUACGCGCUGGUUUAUCUUGGUUAGAACGCAUACAAAUAGCUCUAGACGUGUUGGAAGGAAUACGCUAUCUUCAUUCUCAAGGACUUGUACACCGGGAUAUUAAAUUAAAAAAUGUUCUUCUUGAUACCGAAAAUAGAGCGAAAUUAACUGACUUUGGAUUUUGCAUCACUGAAGUUAUGAUGUUAGGGAGUAUUGUUGGAACACCUGUUCAUAUGGCACCAGAGCUCCUCUCUGGUCAUUAUGAUAGUAGCGUCGAUGUAUAUGCAUUUGGAAUUUUAUUUUGGUACAUAUGCGCGGGACAUGUAAGAUUACCAUAUGCUUUUGAACAAUUCCAUAAUAAAGAACUAUUAUGGACCAGUGUGAGAAAAGGUAUACGUCCAGAAAGAUUACCUUCUUUUGACAAUGAAUGUUGGAAGUUAAUGGAACAAUGUUGGUCUGGAGAACCAUCUAAACGUCCUUUACUUGGUGCUGUUGUACCAGUGUUAGAAUCUAUUCAACAAAAAGCAAAAGCAAAAGAAGCCUUACAAGAACUUUCAACAGAGAAGUCACAAGCAAGUUCAUCAACAGAUUUAAAAAAUCCUGCAUUAGCAUUAGCAGAACCUUAUAAUCAAAGAGGUACUGUAGCUAGUCCUCCUCCUGCAAAACGUAGGACAAUGAGCAUUAUAAAAUAUCAUCUUUUUCUGACCAACUUAUACAUUCAAAUGCGGGAACUAUAAAGUGCGUAUUUUUUUUCUCUGCUGGUAUAUUUAAAAUUUUUAGGUGAUCUGACUAUAUUCAAUCUCAACUCUAAAUAUUUUUUAAAACAAUUUAUUAGUUUCUAUUACAUAUAUUUGGCGCCUUUCAAUAGUAUUUUAAGUGCUGCAGUAUUAAUUGACAACCUAAUUAUUAUUACUCUCUUAGAAAUUUUUUUAAUUUUAUAUCUGCCUACAAACAAUUUAAUUUAAUUUAAUAUAAACAAAAAAGAACAAAAUAGUUGAACUGUGUAAAUAUAAUUUAUGAUUAAAUAUGCAAUUAUGAACAGAUUGUAUAAAUUUAUUUUUAUAUUAGAAACAUAAGUACAUAAUUAUGAUAUUUGAUGAAUUACGUAUGUAAUUAGUGAGGUAUCCACUUCAUUGUGAUACGAAAUGGUAUGAUAGAGAGUAAGAAAAUCCAAGAUUGUAAAGAUUGAAAAAUAAAUAAAGAUUCCCAGUUUUUUA